AUGGCACGUCUCCCAUACCCAAAUUAUACAUAUAAUUCUCGCCCAACCAUAAACGCUGUCAAGCUCCUUGCCUACUCCCCAUCGACAGCCGACCACUGGACCGCCAUUGGCACUGCCCAUUUCCGCUCCCUCUCCCUAUCCAGAAAGCUCAGAGAAUUGGCGACAUUAUACCUAUCCGUGAGGUUCGGUUCGAGCUAUGAAUGGGACCACCACAUAAUGCUCAGCGAAAAGGCAGGCAUCACGGAGACGCAGCGGGAGACGCUCCAGGCUGCUAGCUCUCGAGACGCGGGUCACUUUGCCAAUGGUGGCGGAAAUGAGGUGUUUGAGAGGCGCGAGGUCGCGAUGCUGAGUUUCUUGGAGGCGAUAGUACGGGGCCCGGAGGUGAAGGAUGAGCUGUGGGGAGAGACGACGAGGUACUUCAACGAGAGAGAAAUCGUAGAGCUAAUUAGUUUACAAGGGUUCUAUUAUAUGAUUUCAAGACUGGGGACCGUUUUGAAAGUGGAUAUGGAUGAUUUCGCUACCAAGAAGGCGAAACUGUAG